AAUGAACCACAGCUGAAAGAGUCCGGUCUGAGAAGAAGAAGAAGUUUGUGUGUGCAAUUUGUUAUGUCCCAGUUUUGGUGAAAUAUCGCAGGGAAAAUUGUGGUUUUUGGGCAUAAGUGAGGGUGUUGAGCAAUAGGACGAUAAUGUCCGAGGCAAAACGUGCCCCCAUAGCGACAAUUGGUGAUGUGGACAAAGAGAAAAAGGCUGGAAAUACCGUGCGUCUCGAGUUGAAGCUCUUUGAGCCCAACGCGGACACAUUUCCCGAGUUCAACUAUCAGGCUCUGCUGCACGCUGAAAAGAAGAAGCGGAAGAAGAUCUCCAAACUCAAUGGAUUUGCCGCUGCAGAUGCCUUUGACAAUGACGACGAUGUUGCUCGCAUUGCCAAGGAAUUGGAGAAGAAAUACGGCUCCAACAGUGGGUACGGAAAGAAGCACAGCAGCAAGUCUACAGGGGACUAUUGCGACAAAGGUGCUGGAUACGAUGAGAGUGAUUCUUUCAUAGACAAUACAGAAGCUUAUGAUGAAUUAAUUCCUGAUGAAAUUGAGACAGUUCGAGGGGGUUUCUAUAUAAAUUCCGGUCCGCUGGAAUUCCAGCAUUUAUCAAAUUAUGAACGUCCUGAGGAUGCUCAGAGAAUGCCUAAGCCUAAGAAACGAGCUCUCUCCACUUCAUCAUCGAGCAGUGAUGAAGAAGCUGAAGAGAGUAGUGUCCCAAAAGGGACUCAAGAGGCCUCUAAGAAUGGGCAUCAGGAUAAGAAAUUGAAGAGUGCCACAGUUGUCGAUGAGAGUAAGAUUAAGGCGACAAAAGUGACAAAACCCCCUCCUCCUCCGGCAGCUACAGAGAAAAAGGCUGAGCCUAAGGUGAAGAGUGAUUCGGAGAGAGGUCUCAAAACGACCACAGUUAAAGAUAUGCUGAGGGCUAAAAGGGACAAUCUGCGAAAUAUGCAAGAUGCAGCUUCAAAGAGAGAUUCAGAGGCGGAUGGAAUUGAGCUCAGUAGUGCUCCAAUGACAUCAGAAUCUUCCAAUGAGAGCACAGCUGUGGAAAUGCCCAAUGGAACGGGCGGGGUGAAGCCUGAGGCAAAAUUGCCAGCGAAUCUCAGUGAGGAUCUGUUGAGGAAUAUUGUGCUGCUGAAGGAAGCCGCCAGGGUCUCCACGAACUUAGGCAAAACCAAUUUCUUCGACAGCAAAGUACAGGAUAUUCUGCUUCAAAUUGAAAAUGCCACACGAGCAGCAGGAGGUCACACUCGCAAUCAGGUGUACAGCUACCUGGAGAGUCAUUUGCCGUGCAGCAAACAGACCCUGAUGCUGCGUGCCAAGAAGCUGAGGAUUCAGCAGGAAGAGGCCAAGGUUAAGAGGGCAGUAUCGAGGUUGAAGAAGGCCGUUGAGGAGUGCAUGCCGGGGUUAAUAAGUGCGUAUGAGAAGGAGUAUGAGAGGGUGCAGCAGUUGAAAAAUAGCAUGACUAUUAUGGGAAUUCCAGAAAAGGAGAAUGAUACCAAGUGGCCAAAAAAGCAAUUUGUUUGGACUGAAACUACCAAGGGGCUACUCAAUGCCAUUGUCAAUGCCUGUCGUUCGGCCUUUGGCACAAUCAAGUCCCGGAAGGAGACUGUGGAGGAUUAUGUGUUGGAUUGUCUGAAAAUGGAUGUUUUGCUGAUUUGGCCAAUUGGUUGGAUGAAACUCGAGGGAUUGCUGAAGGAGAUGGAAUGGAAAAUUGAUAUGAGGAAUGUGACUAAAAAUGUGGCCAAAGAUGGUGGAGGCAGUGGUGGGGGAAAUGAUGUUAGGCCAGUGGUGGCGACAAGUGUUAUAAAAAAUGUUGGUCAGAGUGAAAAAGUGGCAGAGACGAAGGUAGUACCAGUGUCAUCUGCUGCAACUUCUUUUCCCGUGAGCAGUAGUUUGACUAUAACACCGGUUAGUGCCACUGCAUCUGCUGCCACUAAACCACUGCCAAGUAUCCAGAAUAAGGUGACCAUUACAAAUGUUGAGGCUGUUCCUAAGAUUCUGCCUCCGGCAAAGGUUUCUACAGUAACUUCCUCAGCAGCAGUAGCUACUCCACAGCUACCUAGUGGACUUAGUAUCUCCAUCACAAGUUCUCCAUCAUCUAUUCCUCCAACUCCUGCUCCUCCUCCUCCGCCUGUCGCAUCAUCAACAACUUCCAGUGCCACAAAAACAGCUUCCAAGUCACCGCCAAAGGAGGCUACGCCGCCUCCCAAGAAAUCCUUCGAUUACAGUAUUAGCAGCAUCAUCUCCUCGACGACAUCAACCAAUCCUACCCCAAAUCCUCCUCCUCCUGCUCCGGCUCCGGUUCCUGCUCCGGCUCCUGCUCCGGCUCCGGUUUCCCUGCCAAAUCCUCCGCCAUCGCUCACGAUAGAGGUGGAAAAGAGCAAACCGCCAGUGAUUUCCGUGGAGGAAAAGCCAAAAGCCCAACCGGAACCACCUGCGCAUUCCCCAACUUCGGCUCCAAUCAAAGUCCGAUCGGUGGCCAAUGUGAAUAAUUCAGUUCCGGACAAAGGCAGCAGCAGCAACAGCAGCCUCCCGGCGCCCAAGCCGCAAGAGGUGAUCUUUGAGGAACUGAGUAGUACGAGCAGUGAAAGUGAUUCAGAUACCGAUAGCAGUAGUGAUUGUGAAAUAAUUGAAUCGUCGCCUGAUGUAAAAAUGAAGAAGUCGGCUGGACCGACGACGACUUCUCAGGCAAUCAAAAGACCAACAAAACCUCAAACAGCCAGCUCCAGUGGUGCUUCUGUUGUUCAGAGAACGAGAGAUUUGGAUCCACUUUCACUAGCAAAUGAUAAUGACAUCGAUGUUAAUCAGAUAAUGAAGGAACUCAAGGAGCUUCAGGAAUUCCACCAAGAUUCACGUCCAGCUCCUGGAUUCAACAGUAAGAAACCAUCGGAUAUUUCAGAGUACAGCAAAACAGCCAUGAAAAAGAGAAAAAAGCCAAUUGAUGAAAAUGACGUGAAAGGUAAUAAAAGAAAACAGUUAGAGAAAAAAUGAGAAACUUUAAGUGGAGUGUUUGUCUCCCAAGUAAAAUAGCGAUAUGCGGUUUAUAUUUUUUCUUUUGUCAAAUUGUAAAUGUAUAUAUUGAUAAAAUUAAUAAGUGAUGAUAAGAAUAUUUUUUGUAUUGUAUAGUUGAAAAUUUAUCUGUAAGAUACAAGUCCCCUUCCUUUUUCUUAGCCAUCAUUUUCUAUACCAAGUAAAUGUAAAUUAUUGAUAAUUUUUUUAGGAAUAUGUUUUUUAAAGUAAAUUUAUGGAAAUUUUGUUGGCCUCUUGACGAGGAUGGCAUUUUAGCGGAAGGAGCUCAUUCUCAAAUUUGGUUAAGAGGUUAUGUCGGAAUGUGAGGUUAUGUUCUGUUAAAUCCUAAAGAAAUCAAAGCAUAAACUUUGCAAGAAAUUUGCAUAUGACGAUUUAAAGAUAUAAUAAAUAAUCGUUUGAUGAUCUUCUCUUGUUUCGAAAAAAAAUAGGUUAUGUGUUUUUCAGGUUAGAAUUCAGUAAGUAAAGAAUAAAAUGUCAGAAGAAUCGUCUUCUGUCAUAAACAAACUGAGUUAUUCAUACGCAAACUAUCUAGAAAAGGAUAUUUCUGAUUUAAUUCUUAAAAAGGAGCUUUGAUAUUUAAGGUUAUGAUAACAUAACCUCACAUUUCAGAAUAACCAUCCGGAAGAGAAAUGUACAAUAAGACCCAACGUAGGAAUUUAUUGAGAAUGAUGGAUGAGAAAAGAGCACAAUAUAUUAAAAAAGAAAUGUUACUCAAGAAAAAAAUUCUAAUCAGGAGAGUGGACAUAGAAAACUAUUCUGUGUAUAUACUAAGAUUUUUAUUAUGAUUUAUUUAAAUUAUAAAUUAGAUGCAUAAUAGUUAGGUUAAACAUCCGGCAAAGUACAUUUAACUGAAAAUCCAUUGAUAUAAUAAAAAAAAAAGAUUGAUAGAA